CAAUUGGAACUGUGUCAGAGAUUAUAUAAACUGCAUUUCCAGCUGCUGUUGCUUUUUCAGUCCUACUGUAAACUCAUCGGGCAAGUGCAUGAAGUCAGUUCCAUGCCAGAGCUGUUAAAUAUGUCAAGAGAGCUGAGCGAGCUGAAGAAGAAUCUGAAGGACGCUACUGCUGCACUUGCAGCUGAGCCUCUGACGACGGAGUCUGAGCCCACGUUCAAUUCUACGGAAGCAGCUAUUCAGUCCAUGCUGGAGUGUUUGAAAAACAAUGAGCUCGUUAAAGCCGUCCGACAAAUCAGAGAAUGCAGGAUUUUGUGGCCCAAUGAUAUCUUUGGAAGUAGCUCUGACGAUGAAGUCCAGACACUACUGAACAUUUACUUCCGGCACCAAACCUUGGGUCAGACGGGCACCUAUGCACUGGUGGGCUCCAACCAGAGCCUGACUGAAAUCUGUACCAAAUUAAUGGAACUGAACAUCGAGAUCCGCGACAUGAUUCGCAGAGCUCAGAGUUACCGGGUCAUCAAUACUUUUCUUCCAGACUCCAGCGUUUCCGGCACAAGUCUCUGACAGGACCCUUGCGUCCUCUUUCAAGCUGGGAGUGCUGCCCUGUUGGAGUGAAGUGGCUCAGUGUCUUCUCAGCCUUACAAAGGUUUGGUCAAACUGUACUCGCUCUUGUUACAUUUAGGAUCUCUUCUAAAAAGAUGCGGGCCGAACUUCAAACGUGUAGCAAUACUGUAAGGACAAAGGUAGCAUAGCGCGUCUGGGACAACAUCCUCUCUUCUCUGUUGCACAAAAAUCAGUUAGCAUUUCACCGAGCAACUGCGACUCACUACUGAAGAAGUGACUUCCAUUGCAUACCAAAGCCUACUACACUGAACAAUACUUCCUUUAUAGCAAAUUAAUUUUAGGUUGGCAAAAGUGCAAUGUUUUCCUUCACAAAUUAAUAUUUUUUUGUUAAAAAGAAAACAAACUUGUACUUUUUUUUUUUUUUUCCUUUUUCUCUCUUAUUUGGUCGAG